CAGAGCGACGCGGAGGUAAGGAGCCCUCUUUUACAGCCAUCUUGGAUCCUGUUCCCUGAACUAUCCAGAAUGCCAGGCGAAGCCACAGAAACUGUCCCUGUUACAGAGCAGGAGAUGCAGCAGCCCCAGGUGGAGACGGCCACACCUGCUGCUGCGGCUCCUGCUCCCUCUCAGACAAAGCCUAAAGUGGGCAAAACUAACCCUAAGCUGUCCUCUUCUCACACCACCGCUCCUAAGCCAGUUCCUGCUGGACGCAGGAAACGCUCCUCUCUAUCUGCCUCCUCAAGCUCCCCUACCUCUCCUAAAUCUACCUCUGGCCAUCGUGCUACCCCCCCAUGCUCCCCUUUGGCCUCUCCUCCAGCUGACUCUUCUGUAGCUGGGAAAGCUGAGCAGACUGCUCCUAAGGUGGUAAAGGCUGGCAAACAAGGGAAGCAACAGAAAGCAAUGAAUUUUAAACCUGCUGAACCUGAGCAACCUCCCUCUGCCUCUAAGCCUGCUCAGGAGCCUGCACCAGUUGCAACUUUGCCGUCUCUUGCUGUACCAUUAAAAGAGGUAGCAAAACCAACAGGAGAUGGAAGUGCUUCCCCUGUCUCUCCCAAAGUUGCUGUGGCUCCUGUUGACUUUAAAGUAACUUCUAAAUCUGCUGCCCCAGCACCAAAGUCAUUUUCAGAAGCUGUGGCCGCCAGUCCACCAAAAGUGGCUGAAGCCUCCAAGGUUGCCUCUGAAGGUCCAAAAGUAGCAACCCCUGUUGUUUCAGAAGCAAAGAUUUCCUCGCCCUCAAAAGCAGCUGCUAAGCCUGGCCCUGCUAAAGUGCCAAAUGUGAACCCAGCCACUGCUGCUCCCCCAAAAUAUGCCCCUGCAGCGCUUGAGGAUGAUCUCCCACCUCUCUUACCACCUGAGAAUUCUUUUACAAUGCCUACAUUCCCCCCCAUGCCACCUAGUGCAAUGCCUGUAGUUACCCCAACAGUUCCCAAAGCAGAAGCUGUCCCUACUAGUAAAGUUGAAUCUUGCUCUGCCCCUGAAGCUAAGGCUGCUCCUAAAGCUAAGCCAGCUCCUAAGGUUGAACAUAAAGCAGAACCUGCCCCAAAAUUUGAGGUUGCAUCUAAAGUUGACCCAAAACCCAAAGAUAAUCCUAAUCCUGCCCCUAAAGUUGCAGUUGCUUCUGCUCCUAAGACUGAGGCUGUUCCUAAAGCUAAAGUUCAGGCUGCUCCUAAGGUUGAGGCUGCUCCUGCACCUAAAAAUAAGACUGCCCCUAUCCCUAAAGCUGAGCCUGUUCCUGCCUCUAAGGUUGAGGCUGCUCCUGCCCCUAAAGUUAAGCCUGCUGUUGCUCCUAAAGCUGAGGCUGUCCCCAAUGUAGAGGCUACUCCUGCACCAAAUGUUAAGUCUGCCCCUACACCUAAAGCUGAGCCUGUUCCUGUCACUAAGGUUGAGGCUACACCCAAGGCUGAGUCUGCCCCUGCCACUAAAGUUGAGGCUGCUCCUCCCACCAAAGUUAAGCCUUCUGCUGCUCCUAAAGCUGAAGCUAUCACCAAGGUUAAGGCUUCUCCUGCACCAAAUGUUAAGUCUGCCCCUAGCCCUAAAGCCGAGCCUGUUCCUGUCACUAAGGUUGAGGCUGCCCCUAAAGCUGACUCUGUCCCUACCUCUAAGGUUGAAGUUGCUCCUGCUGUUAAAGUUAAGCCUGUUGCUGCCCCCAAAGCUGAGGUGGCAGUGGCUGCUAAAAUUGAGGCUGCUCCUGCCCCUAAAGUAGAGUCUGAGCCUGCCCCUAAAGUUAAGCCUGCUCCUGCCCCUAAAGUUAAACCUAACCCUGCUCCCAAAGUUGAGGCUGCUGUCCCUACCCCUAAAGCUGAACCUGUCCUUGUCCCUAAAGUUGAGCCAGUCCCUGUUCCCAAACCAGUAAAAGCCCCAUCUGUACUGGAGCCAGUCAUCAAGAACGACAAGGGGUCUGGCACUGAAUCUGAUAGUGACGAUUCUGUUCCUGACCUGGAGGAGCAGGACUCUGCACAGACACAAACACAGCAGGCACAGCUUGCAGCUGCAGCUGAAAUCGAUGAGGAACCUGUCAGCAAAGCAAAACAAAGCAGGAGUGAGAAGAAAGCCAGGAAGGCCAUGUCCAAAUUGGGGUUGAGACAAGUUGCUGGUGUUACCAGAGUAACCAUUCGCAAGUCCAAGAACAUUCUAUUUGUCAUUACCAAACCAGAUGUCUACAAAAGUCCAGCUUCAGAUACUUACAUUGUCUUCGGUGAGGCCAAGAUUGAAGAUCUGUCCCAGCAAGCCCAGUUAGCAGCCGCAGAGAAGUUCAAGGUUCAAGGAGAAGCCGUUUCAAACAUCCCGGAAAACACACAGACGCCCACAGUACCGGAGGAGAGCGAAGAGGAAGAGGUUGAUGAGACUGGAGUGGAGGUCAAGGACAUCGAGCUGGUCAUGUCACAGGCCAAUGUAUCCAGGGCAAAGGCUGUGCGCGCACUGAAAAAUAACAAUAACGACAUUGUCAAUGCUAUUAUGGAAUUGACGAUGUAGAUGGAAAUCGGUUACUGGGUCAAAUUAAGAUGAUGUUGAUUUAAUCCUCACUAUUGUUUGUACAAUUUAUACCCAAGAGAAAUAAAGGUGUGGCUUGAUGAAAUGAUA